UCGGUGAGCCUGUCCAGACUGAAGCUGGGGAAGCUAAAGGUGGUGCGGCGGCAGCUGCUGCAGCGCUAUGAGCACCAGCCGUUUGUCUCCUGUCUGGCCGGUCUGUACGGCUGCCAGUGGAGGAGAUACCAGCGCGCCAAAGCCCAGCCGGGAGAGUGCUGCUGCAGCCGGUUGGAGUGCAGUAGUUUCGCUCUCCUCAUCGUGACGUUUUUCCUGACGCUGAUAUUCCUGUAUUUCUGGAGUGAAGCGCAGAAUGACUACAACGACUUCGACUGGUUUAACUUCGGGAAUUUGGGCUUCUGGUUUCCGUGGUCAGUGGUGUUGCUGGUGGUCUCUGCAGGUCUCUUCACAUAUAUCGCACUCCUGCUGGUCCUCGCUGUGUGCCUUCUCUCUGAAGGACAGAGGCUUUACCUUCACUGGAGCCACAAGAUUGGUAUCCUGGUGACUCUCACCUUCUCUAUCAGUGCCACCGCUGUGCUCUCUGACUUAUGGAGUAAAGAAUGGACGACGCUGCUCCUUUCUUUUCAGGUCACGGCGCCCUUCCUGCACGUGGGCGGAGUUUGCAUAAUGACGCUGCUCUCCUGGCCAAUCGCCUUACACUUUUUCCGCAUGAAUAAGAGAGUGAGGCAGGUGCUGAUCCUGAGCCUGUAUUUGGCGGUUCUCUUUGCUCUCUAUCUGGUGCCGCUGGGCAUGUAUUCGCCUUGUAUCAAAGAGGAGGGCAUGCUGGGGCCGGCGCCAACCCUUAUCGGGCACAGAGGAGCGCCCAUGCUUGCACCAGAAAACACUCAGAUGUCGUUUGAGAAAGCAGUAGAAGCAGGAGGAGAAGGACUGGAGACGGAUGUGGCCAUCAGUUAUGAUGGCAUCCCGUUCCUGAUGCACGACAGCACUUUGAGGAGGACGACCAAUGUGCAUGAAGUCUUUCCCAAUCGGACGGACUCUCCGGCGGCCAUGUUCACCUGGGCAGAGCUGGAGAUGCUCAGCGCUGGAUCCUGGUUUCUGCUGAGGGAUCCUUUCAGAACGGCCUCUUCUCUUAAUGUAAAUGAGAAGAUCGAGGUCCAGAAUCAAACAGUGCCAACCCUGAAAGAGUUCCUGAAUCUGGCCGCUCAGCACCAGCGCCUGGUGAUAUUUGACCUCAGACGUCCGCCUCGAGGUCACCCAUACCGGGACACAUGGAUCACUCGCACACUGGAGGUCAUACACAACGAGUCCUUCAUCAACUCCAGCCAGGUGUUGUGGCUGCCGGAUGAUGAGAGGAGUGUGGUGCAGGAGCUGGACCCGGAGCUGCAGCAGACGUCUGGAGAUCACGCCUCUAUAGAGGAGCUGCAGGAGGAGCACAUCGUCAGACUCAACCUGCAUUACAGCCACAUGUCCCAGGAGCAGAUACGAAAGUACUCAUCAGUGAACAUCAGCACUAACCUGUAUGUGAUCAGUCAGCCGUGGUUAUAUUCAUUAGCGUGGUGUGCUGGCGUUCAUUCAGUCACUACAAACGCCCUGCACGUCCUGAAGAAACUGCAGCGGCCUGUGUUUCUCAUGACUCCAGAUCAGUACAAUCUGAUGUGGAUCCUCACCAAUAUCGUCUCUGCUUUCUUCAUCACCGCUGUUUUCGUUUUCCACUGGUGGCGAGAGCGAGGUCUGCCGUUCUGGUCCGGCAGUCGACAGGUGAAUGAAAACGGGCCCUACAGCAAGUUCAGGACAGAGCUGAGCGACGUCUGGUCCAUCUCCAGCAUCAGUGUCAGAGGAGAAACACACAACUCACCAGCCACUACAAACCUGCCCACCAUCUGUGAAGAGCCACCUGUCUGAACACACACACACACACACACAUACAACUCAUACAAAGCCAAACACCCACAAACAGACAGAGACACACACCCACACACACACACAGAGCUUGAGCUGGGGGUCAGUGAUUGUCUUAAAGCUGUGUUUGAGAGUGGCGUCUGCUCCAGGAUUGAGCUCAGAGACUGAACUCCAUCACUGUAUGUAUGUUGAACGCUGAUAUGAGAUGCUGAUCAUCACCCAAACAUGAUGAACACCAAUGAGGGAUCAACUCAAGUUCUGGAUCUGAGUGACAGCAGGAAUCUGAUAAUAAUAUUUUAUUUAUUAUCAUUAUUUUGAUAAUAAUAGCUGCAUAUUACCAUCAAAUUAGUCAUUAAAUAUGCAUUAAGAAUCACAAUUAGCACAUUUUCCCAAAAUUACCAUAAAGUUUUUUCAUUCAGCCACAUUUUUUGUAAAGGGCACCUUGAUGAAAAUCAUCUUCUGGGAGCUGUUUGGACAGAGCUGUGUGUAGGUAGAGUGUGUCCACAGUCAUACUGGGUAAUAUAAAGACUAUAAGUGUCUUUUUUUAAAUUACCUGACGUUAAAAUAGGAUCCCAAUCCCUCCCAUGUUGAAGCCGACCACAACGUGAUGUAGGAGUGCGGUUUCCCCCGCCCACUGAAUUGAUUGACAGUCACGUUAUUAACAGGUCUUCGAAGUAACUCCAAAGUCUCUUUAAUGCAAGUCAUUUCACUCGGUGGCCAUCUUUGAAACGCCUCUCGGGCAGUAUGCUCAGGCUCCAAAAUUCUCCAAAACUACUUGCCAAGCUUACCAUUCAAUUUCAUAUUACAAAUAACCAAUAAAAUUAAACAGCAUCUGUCUAUUUAGUUUAAUUUCUAAAUGUUGGUAUCACACAAAAUCUGCAGAAACUCACGUCUGGUCCGAACGCCACCCCAGGAUAAUUGUCAUUCUAUAGUGAUUGCUGAUUGGCUACUGUAAUAGAAGGCGGGCUUUAUUCACCAAACAGCGAUCGCUGAUUGGCUACUGUAAUAGAAGGCGGGCUUUAUUCACCAAACAGUGAUCCCUGAUUGGCUACUGUACUAGAAGGCAGACUUUAUUUGUCAUAUAGCGAUUACUGAUUGGCUACUGUACUAGAAGGCGGACUAUUUGUCAUAUAGCAAUCGCUGAUUGGCUACUGUACUAGAAGGCAGACUUUAUAUGUCAUAUAGCGAUCACUGAUUGGCUACUGUACUAGAAGGCGGACUAUUUGUCAUAUAGUGAUCGCUGAUUGGCUAUUGUACUAGAAGGCGGACUUUGUUUGUCAUAUAGCGAUUGCUGAUUGGCUACUGUACUAGAAGGCGGGCUUUAUUCACCAAAAAGCGAUCGCCGAUUAGCUACUGUACUAGAAAUCGGGGCUUCAUUCACCAUAUUGACCCCAUUCAAAAGUAUACGAGUGACAUGUCUUGUGUACUCUAUAGUUUUCGGUAACCCGUAUAAUCAUAUCAACAAGACAGGACCGGGAUUAAAAGAUCUGUGCAUGUUUGUAAUGUAUUACAGCGAUUUUACCGUCUUUUUCACCACAGCAGAGUGUCAGUAAAAUUAUAAAAGAAGAUGCUUCAAUCCUGGUUUGUGGACGCUAAAUCAGGUUUAUUUUGUACAUUAGCAUAACGGAUAUCCUCACAGCAGUGGAUAUUAAUGUGUAUCCUGUCACAUUUGCGUGGAAAAACAGUGCAAAGUUAAACAUGCGUGCUGUGUGUGUGUGUGUGUGUGUGUGUGUAUAUGUGUGUGUGUGUGUGUGUGUGUGUGUGUGUGUGUGCGCGCGUGAACUUUGUAACGACAUUGUGUGUGACUCAUCGACUCGUUAACUCCACAACAAAUACAUCAAAUAAUCAUUGAGAAGUUCUUAUGUAGUAUUUCUAGCAAACAUUACGUGAGAUCUGCUUCCUUCAUGUCUGUCACUGUGCUGUUUAUCUGACGCAGCAGGAGAUUGAGGCACACUCUGACAGGCAUGUGGAAACGGUGGGCGGGGAAUACCAGCUCAUUUGCAUUAAAGGCACAGGCCACAAAAACAGCUACACUGUGUUCAGAGCAGAAAAUUACAAACUUCUGUAAGGUAUAAUAAAUAAUCUGAUGGCUGUUUUGAGCUGAAACUUUACAGACACAUUCUGGAGACAAGAAAGGCGUCUCUUAAAUCUUGAAAAAAUCAGCCAAUGAAAUGUUUUUAUUUUAAAUUUGCGUCAAUAAAAUUUUGUGGGAAAAUGUGCUCAAAACAAGAUGAUAUAUUAUAAAUAAUGUCAAAUAAAAUAAUUAAUAAUAUAGUAUAAUAAUAAUUCUUAUUGAAUAAUAAUAUUUAUAAGAAUAUUUCUUAUUCUGAGGUGAAAUACAGUUCAUACUGUGGCAAUACCAUGAAUUUCAUGUUCUGUGGUAUUUACUGUAAUUCAGACGUGUAUGUUAAUGAUAUAGCUACUGCUUUCAAUAAGGGCUCAUUAGUUAACCUUAAUGCAUUAACAUUAACAAUGAGCAAUAGAGAUUUGUCAUGAUAUUUAGUCAUUUUUGCUCACUUUUGUCAAUGCAAAAUUAAGUUAGAUCAUGUUAACCAUUUGAAAUGGUGGCUCAGUGGUUAGCAUGUCGCCUCAUACCAAGAAGGUCGCUGGUUUGAGUCCCAGCUGGGUCAGUUGGUAUUUCUGUGUGGAGUUUGCAUGUUCUCCCUGUGUUGGUUUCCUCCGGGUGCUCCGGAUUCCCCCACAGCCCAAACACAUGUGCUAUAGCUGAACUGAAUAAAUUAAAUUGGCCGUAGUGUAUGAGUAUGGGUGUUUCCCAGUACUGGGUUGCGGCUGGAAGGGCAUGCACUGUGUGAAACAUAUGCUGGAAUAGUUGGCGGUUCAUUCCGCUGUGGCGACCCCUGAUGAAUAAAGCCGUAGGUAAAAAAUAUUCAAAUCAACAUCAGCCACGAUUAAUAAAUACUUCAGAAUUAUUUACACUGUUACUUCUUGACAUGUAAUUAAUGUUAAUGAAUGAGCCCUUAUUGUAAAAUGUCACUGUUAUAUUUUAUAUAAGAAUACCAGAUGUAUUGUCUGAACUGGUGGCAUUUGAUGAAUCCAUCAUCCAGUUUUUGUUGCUUCUGUGAAGUUCGUUUUUAUCAUGAAAGACUCUAUUUGCCUAUUCUAGACCCGAAUAGCCUGAUUACCGCGGUAUGACGCAUGGUAAAUUAAAUAAAAUAUGUCAUUGCAUUUAAUCCAGAGUGGUUUGGAAAUGUUUAAAAGGUCAGAUCCAUCGCAUGAUGUGAUUAAUUUGACAAACAUUUACAAUCAGGAGGACAAAACGACAAUCUGGACUUUAAAAAUAGAUAGUUUUUGAAUCACUGAAGUUUCCAGAACUAUAAUAAAACAAUAAGCACCUUCA